AAAAGAAAAAAAAAAAAAAAAGGAAGGAAGGAAGGAGGCAAAAACAGAAAGAUGUUAAAAUCCCGCCUCCUUGAGCCUCUGUUUUGAAACCCUCACCCAACCCCGCUCUUCCCCCUUUCCCGCCUCUCCCCCACUCCUUAAAAUCCCUAACCUCUCAUUCUCCAUUUUAACACCAUUUCCAACCUCUCUCUCGAUCUCUCGCUCUCUUUCUCCCUCUCCCGCCGAUUCUCGCUUCUCACUUACAUCCACUUUCUAAGACGCCAUGAACCGUAGAACCAGACCAUCCAUACCUCACCAUUUUCACAAGUACCUCAAGCCUGGUGCUCUCGCUCGAAUCCGAGACUCUCGAAUCAGCGCCAGAUCUCACCGUCUCAACUCCCUCUCUCAGAUCCCUCCAUCCUCGCCGCUCACUAACGCCGACGAGCCUCAGGUCAACGCCGUCGACGCCGGCUUUCCUUUCUUCGUCGCCAGGAUCUACGGCCCACGCUGCCCGCAGCGGAAGAAACUCAUGGCUGCUAAGUCCAUUCUCUUCGUUCCUGUGAAUCCUUCCCCGGACUCGCCCGAUCUGGUUGUUGACUCGUUCGCCAGUGACCUUCUCGUCGCGAAUUGAAUUCUCUUAUUCGGAAAAAAGGCUGAAGCGAUUCUUCUGUCUUAGGAUGUAGAGCAGUUUAGAUGUGCAGAUGUAGCACUUUUGUUGAAUUGUGUGAAAAACUUACUCAGAUAGGGGUGAAAUUAAUAAAGUGAAAUCACA